AAACGCCUUGAACGUAUAAAAUUCCAUGACAAACGAGCGUAACAUCAGUUAACAUGGCUGCAGCAUUUCGGCGCAACAUUUGGUUCCUCGUUUUGGCCUCGACGGUCUUAAGCUUCUCAUUCGCAUCCCCGGCGCCGUCAUUUCUGGAAUUGAAAAGGGAGCGAGAACAAGCCAAGAGGCGAUUUUUAGUCAAUAUCACUACUACUCCAUCGCCUCCGUCUAAUGAACUAACAUGUGAGGAGAAGUUUAAAAAUGCCGAAAAAUUCUCAUUUGACGAAACUUCCCUAAACACUGAUAUUAGAAGAUUGAUGGAGAGUUAUCACAACUGGGGGGAACUUCUGGCUCCGGCUCCGGUGGCCAUUAGUACCUUGGGACAGUUAAUCAUCAUGUCCACCCAGAGAUUGGAUUUCCCCAUCGAUACCAACGUGCCCACUGGCGGUUUCAAGCACAUCAAAUACCCGAAGAGUUUCCGAACGACUUUACUUCAAAUCAGCCACGAUGGCUACCUAGCCUUCCGCAAAGCUCACGUCAAUAUGGAAAGGAUCAGCAUGUACAGCUCCAAUACUCCCACUCACAUCAAGGAUGCCACCAGAUACCUGAUGACACGAAAUGAGAUUUACAUCGUUAACUUAUUACCACUGUCAUUGCGACGAAUACGGGAGACGGCGGACCAGAGCAAACAGUUAUCGCUAGAAGUGGCGAAUGAAUUCGGCAGAGUAAUCGAAUUGAUUCGAGAAACCGUUGAUGCAAUCUCUGAAACGAGAAACUACAAAACGGACGAGUUACAACAAGUCCAAGAUGAAGCGAACCUGUCGCAAUUUUCCCGAAACAUUUUACAGAGCGAAACCAAAAUGCUGGACGACAAAGACAAGAUGCUGAGUAAUAUGCUGAACAGUUUCGGAGCUCGCCAGAAAAAUAUUUUCGUCCGGACCAUUUACGGCAGCGAAAAUUUCGUCGUCAAUCUGAACAAGGAUCGGCUCACGCAAACCGAAGGGCGUCACCAGCUCCACAAAAACGCAUUUUACGGUAAAAAUAAUUGGCAUUACACAUUCUAUGAUCGGCAAGUAAAGAGCGACAGAUGCGCAGAUCAAAACACCCAGCAUCUAUCAGAUGUUCUGGUUACCGUCGGUCAGUACAGACUGAAAUACGAGUUGUGGCAGAACUCGAGAGCAAAUCGACCCUUUAACGGUCGGGAUGAUGUAAGUAAAUUGCAACAUAUUUUUACUACCAUGGUUCGAUGUGAUUCGGUCGUGGAACUGAUGGCCAAAGGGGGAAAAUUGGUCAAUAUGUUGCAAAGCGCCAAGUUUGAAUUAUUGCAGAAGAAUAGCACGCGCCCGGGAGCUGAGGAGAUGGACGAUUUGAUCCGCCUAAUCCACCACGUUCGAGUCUCUGCUAAAGUACAAGAGAAAAGUGUGGUCAAUUCAAAAAAUUUCCGCGGCGAAAGUUUGGUGCAUAUGUGGGAGUUUUCUUUCAAGCAUCAAUUUCAAAUGUUGCAGAGCAUGAUCAAUACCACCACCCAAAUUCUGAAUGUCAACAACAAGCAAAUGGAAUUACAGAGGAAGAAAAACGAGGAGAUCAUCGGAAGAAUCAAACAGCUGGACCUCGCCAAAAUCAGCCACAAAGAAGCGAUUGAAGCGCUAAAUGACGGACUGGAAGUGUUGGGACUAUUGCAGCGAGACUGGCUGAAGUUAAUCGAAUUUUAUGAGAAAAUGUCGCGCUUUAUAAGCAAAGCCACCGAAGAUAUCGUAGCUCUCGUUGAGGUGGUCAGAGUAGUGAGUAAAGAUGUGUCAAAUUUGGAUGACGAUACAAUGUUUGGAAAUUUACUGGAAGCUAUUGAAAAAUCUAAUCAGGCCACGUUCCUCAUGCACGGAGUAUCUGAAAUGUAUGUCAAUGUAUCGCAACAAUUUAUAAUGGAUCGUGUUGCCAAUCUGGACAGCAUGAUGAGCAUCAACGACAAUAAUGCCGGGCUAUCUAAGGUUCUUGAAGAGCAGAGAUUACUGAAGGAAAGCGCCCAGACUGCUUACGAUGGCAUCAUUCAGUACAUCAAGGAUGGAGAAAAAAUUGUAAAAAAUAAGCUUCUGGAGCGCCGCAAUCAAAUCAUGGACGAAUAUCAAUGGAUGGUGGACUGCGCAGCAUCGGUGGAUCGUGAAUUUAGCAUUACCAGCAGAGGUGAUCCUGUAAGCCAAUGAAACCGAUACCCUGCGAAUUUUUUUUUUCAUGUAUACCAGAGCAAACUAGAAAAGAUAAUAAACUGUGCUGUGUAGUAGUAACCCAUCUACAA